UGCGUGCUCGACUACAUCGACUGCACCGAGGAUCUGGCCUUUAUCCAAGAGAUCAAGGAAAAGUCGAGGCUAGUUGACGAGGCACGAAAGCGAGAGCUCGAGGAAGUCUCGUACCAGGUCAAUGGGCCCUUUGCUCGAUGCCAUCAAUUUCACCCAAUGUCGGUGUGGUGCGGUGUGGCACCUCGGCAGGUCUCACCCUCAAGCUCAAUCUUGCUCAGGAGACCGUCAAACAGCUGAAGGCAACCCACGAGUCGGAGCAGUAUAUGGGCAAGAUCAUCGAGCUCGGCCGCAACCAGCUCAACACCGAGAAGACCACCCAGGAUAUUGAGAAGGCCAUAGGAGAUAUGGAAGAACAAUAUCGACUCAUGACCGAGGAAAUGAAUCGUCUGGAGGAGGAAGAACGCACGCUACGGAACCAGCCCCCGCCCGCAGCAGGACUGAAGCUGAACAUCUACCGCAAGCUGGGAGUUGAUAUGAUCGAGGACGCCCGCGGCCAUUUCAGCAGCUGCCAAGUGCGGUCGCCCAUCCAAAACGAUAUCCACACCGUCGAAUUCGACCCACAGUAUUCCCAGUUCUUCUACGCCAACUACAUCUGGGAGCUGGCAUCAACAUAAGCACAUUCUUUUUUUUUUGCCUGCUUUUCUUCUCAAAGGCUCACUCCCUCGUUGCUGCCCCAUACCUCCACACCUUCCCCUCGCUCA